GCCAGUGAUUAUACAUGAUUUUCAGGAUAUCAGCUGUCUUGGCCUAAUCACCAAUGGGAAAUGCUUUUAGCAAACUGAAACGACGAUUUCGACGUAAUUCCGGUCAACAAAUCACAGAUGCAAGAACCGGAAAUUCCAUAUCAAGAGAUGGGUUGUUACAUGAAGUCACCGAGAAAUCGCUUCUUGUAGACGCCAGCAAACUGACCUCCAAGAGGCGAUCCCGACAUCCCGAUCACCACAGGUACUGGGAAAGUCCUUUCGUGAACGAAGCUUAUGGCCAGCCCGCCGUAUUAAGCAUCUGUAUCAACAGGGAUCUUGGGAUUGGGGAGAUAACAAGUCUGUGCCACAGGUUUCGCUUUGAGGAUGAGGAAGAAACGUAUGAGUCUCAAGGAACCGAGGAACAGGUUGGAACCACUGAAAACCGCAGCAAUGAAGAGCGGUCUCAUAAAGAUAGGAAAGGCAGACACAAGAGGCGCAGUCGAAGACGGAGGGCGGAACAAAAUAUAGGAAACAGUGAUGAGGUCAAAGUAGACAAAAGUGCGGUAGAAAACGAUAAGCUCGUUAAGAAAAGUGGAUCGGAGGGCAACGAAGACAAGUGCACUCCAACCGAAAGAGAUAAUGUAACAGGCUAUAAUAAAACUGCAAAUCAGGACCAAAUGACAGACGAAUGUGAAAAAGAACAAGCGUACAAAAACAGACAUGAAGGAAAAACGGAACAUGAGCAAUCAGAAAUGAACAAUCCAGAUGUGAACAAGCUUACACAGCGAUCUGAGAGGGAAGAGAUGGAGGAAUCCAACAUUUGCAAAGCUGCUCUGAGCGACGAUAAUUCUGCUGAGAAAGAAUCCAGUAGGGAGACGACUGCAUGUGGUGAAGAAAAACUGGGCCAGGCCGCGGAGAUUAAUGUUCAAAGUCAACGUCUUGAGAAUAUGGUUGCUAAGGAGACGCUAAUGGCAGAUGACAGUGACGAAGGUGAUUUCAUGAGUAUGCAGAUCGGGCAGUACCCAACCGCAGAUACUGGAUCCUCUUCCGGUACCAACAGUUCUAGCCUUACCGAUUAUUCUUCCUUAACUCCGAAUACCUUCGAUUCCUUCGACAGCAACGACGACAUUUGUACAUCUUCGUCUCCAACUGCUUACGAUUCAUUCGAAAGCGAUGAAGAUGAGAUAAAACAAUUUCCCGCCUUUGUGACGCCAUUUCUGAACAAGGACGUGCGCAUUCGCCUGCAAUUUCACAGGGCCAUCCACAGCACAUUUAACUCAACGUUUAAGAAAUGUGAGCCAGUUCACCUUUGGCGACAUGUUAAGUACAUCGACGCUCGAUUCCUCGGGCAGCCAGCCCAAAAGCGAAUGGAAAUUAUGUUGGAGGAGAGUCACGGAAGCAGACGACAACCGUUCGGCACUUCCCGUCGGUCACGACCUCUGUUUCCCCGAGCGAUCAUCGUGAACACAUGUGAGGAAACACCGGGUCUGUAUGUGGCAGGUAAAGAGUUUUCCAUUCUUCUGGCACCGCCAACAGGUGGUGCUCAGGAGCUAGACGAUGGGCGGAUUCUGUAUGCUAUUGGUACUUAUGUUCGUUACCUGGACACUGACCAAAACUACCUCAUGCUGUGGAGAGCCAGUGUUGUUGAAGACUCUGUCAUCGAAUGA